UAUUCAAAGUUAUUAGUGUAAGCCGUUUUAUGGAGUGUGUAUGUGUUUCUAUGGUGACGAUGGGAAGAGGUUAGCGAUUGGCUGGUGGCUUUGUAGUGUAAAUGGUGCAAGAUAAGGGGAAUUAUCGUCAGCUGUCUUGGGUAGGACAGACGACUCCCAGAAUGCAGAGGGAAAAAGGCAUGUUUUUUGUUUUACUGGUUAGCCUUUAGUGCGCCUCGACCAGUGAGCACGGGGCAUGGACGAGUUGCCAGAUAACGAGUUGCCAGAUAACGAGUUGCCAUAAUGAAAGGCUCCGGAUUGGGACGUUGGACUUCAAGGUCCAGGUUUUGUGUUUCUUUAGGACUUCUUCUUCUCCUUGCCUUGGUGUUGAGUCAUCAGUACAACACCUACCUGGAUGCAAACAAGGUACAGCAGAUUCGUGAUACCUGGCCUGGAUUCGAACAAGAGAAAGGUAACUACAGUUUUACAGUGGUGACAGGUCUGUUUGACAUUGGUCGAGGUUCUUGGUGGACUCAAACACGAUCGUACAACGAAUAUCUUUCUCAUCUUUUUCAGAUUCUAAAACUAGAUGUCAACUUAAUUAUUUUUAUAGAGCCAAAGGGAAAAGACUUUGUGGCAUGGGCACGUCAGGGGAGAGAACAAAGAACAAAAAUUAUUAUUCAAGAAAUCAAGGACUUGGAAUACUUUCCUUUGCUUGGUCGAAUUACAGAAAUUAUGGAAAGUGAACAAUUUCAGAAUGCCAAUGAAAAUUAUAAGAAAGGAAAAUGUGAAGCAGUGUUUCCACUCUAUAACUUGGUCACUAAUUCAAAGAUCACACUCGUCCAUCAGGCAAUAAGCAGAAAUCCAUUUUCUUCUCAUUACUUUAUCUGGCUGGACGGAGGCUAUGGUCAUGGGAACUCAAGUCUCUUUCCAAAAGAUGGUGUAUGGGUUCCACGACAUUUACUAAGUCAUCCAGACCAAGUUAGCUUCGUGGCACUGAGAAAUUUAGCAGAUAAAAAGACAGAGGAAGUACAUAAUUUACAUAAAGCAGACAUAGCCUGGAUAGCUGGAGGUUUGUUUGCUGGUGGGACAGCUGCUAUGGAAGCCUUCUAUGCGGCGCAUCGAUCAGUUCUGCAAGAUUACAUGAUGGAGGGAAAGAUUGAUGAUGACCAGACCACUUUCUCUGACUGUUACUUUAAACAACCAAGUAACUACAGGCCAGUUCUGGGCUCAUGGUAUGACCUAUUGGAACCCUUCACAUAAAUAUACAUACCUUCUUCUUAGAGGCAACAACUUAAUUUGAUCAUAAGACAGCUCUUUCAGAACAAAGCUAGAUGGAUCUACCAAAGGAUGAGUUCAAAGUUACAAGGAACAGGAAAGAAACAAAAGACAAAAUUAAAUAUUAGAAUUCUAAAUUGCUUUUAUGACCAGAAGAAAAAUACUUUUUUCCCCAUUCAUUAUGUUCAGAUACCAAAGCAGGUCAACUUAAUGUCAGCUCUUCGGAGAUCAUGUCAGAUAGAUUUUCAUAGUCAUGAGUUGACCAUGUCAGAGUUCUUGCCACUGUUUAAUGAGAUCCUAAAUUAUAUAAUACUUUCGUAGUAGACCUGAAGGUAUCGAGUUUGUCAGAAAAUUAAUUUGGAAACAAUACAUGUUUAAUUCAUGCAAAGUGGUUAAAAUGUCAUUGACUUAAUUUACUCCGGCAGAAGCAGGACACCAUUGAAGUACAUAAAACAUUGUGUCAUAUUUAUUACAAUUUUUGUACAGGUAUCCAGCUUAACCUUCAUCAGACCUCAGGAGUGCAGAUGCGUGUUAUUUAUAUUAAUAAAUCAUUUAUUUUGAAUUGUCACACUUGUGCAUUCUUUUGAUUCUCCCAGAACUCACUAAACAAACAAUGUUCGGAUGAUUUCACAUUUUCUUCACAUGAGAUGCUCCUUACUAACAACAUUGGUAAUAGUUCAUGUUGAUUAUUACUUAUAUGAGUGACACACUCAUUGAUAAUCUGUCUCAAUGGUAGACUCGAAGCAAUGUAUGUAAUAGCAGGUUUAUCAUAUACAUUACAGAUGUAAUAGUAAAUGUUCAAAGGAAAUAAAAGAUGUGUUUUGUUAUCCAGUCAUUCAAAGAAUAUGAAUUGUGAUUCCCUUUUUGUUGGUUUCUUUAGUUUGUCAUGUCAAAACUAAAUACAUGAUCUCAUUCAUUACUUCUCCCACAUUUUGUAUCUGCCCAUGCCUCAUGUUGACAACUUAGAGCUGGAGGGAUUUAGUUUUACUUUGUUUGCUUAAGGAACCCAUAGGCUGGUGAAGAGUUGCUUUCUUAAAUCUUACAAGCAGUAACAGGAAAAAAAAUAUUUUU